UCGUUUUUUCUCUUUUUCUGUUGUGGGUAAUUUCCGUUUUGGCUUGGGAGAAAAUUCUUUCUUUUGAGGGCGAGAAAAAAUGGCAGCAGAAGAGGGACAAGUGGUUAGUUGCCACACUCUUGAGGCAUGGAACGAGCAACUUCAGAAAGGGAAUGAAUCUAAGAAGCUGGUGGUUGUUGAUUUCACUGCUUCAUGGUGUGCACCAUGUCGAUUCAUUACACCGUUCCUGGUGGAGCUGGCAAAGAGGCUACCGGAUGUCACAUUCCUCAAGGUGGAUGUUGAUGAAUUGAAGCCGGUCGCUCAAGAUUGGGCUGUGGAGGCAAUGCCGACCUUCAUGUUUCUGAAAGAAGGGACUAUUGUGGACAAGGUGGUCGGAGCAAGGAGAGAGGAACUUCAGCAGACUAUUGCAAAGCACACUGCUAGUUCUGCUUCAGCCUGAUGAUGACUCUACAUUCUAUGUUUGCAUUUGGCUCUUAGAGGCCUUAAACCUCAUUAUAUGUUGCUCUAUUUGUGUAAACUUUUAGUUUACAAAAUUUGUAAUAUGCUUGGUUUUAAAUUGUAAUAUGGUAUGAAGUAUGAAUAUGAUGGAUUUUGUUGUCUUUAUGUGAUGAAAAGCAUAUUAUAUGUUUGUUUAUGUAUUUGGAAA